ACCAAAGAGGAAGAAGAAGACGACGUCGGAGCUCCCAGUGAAAUUCAGUAGUACUCUAACACCUACGCACAUUGUACGCACGGCCGGUCCACGUGUGGCUUGGCAAAAACCAUCCUCUGCCUCUCAUCGAAUCAUCCUGUUAGUGAAUUACUAAACCCUAAGAGAAUCCAAAGUAAUACGACGUAUCAUAAUUAUAUUGACAGAAUUUUCGCCAUGAUGAAAAGCACCAUUCAGCAAAGUGAUAUCACUGUGUAGAAAUAUCGAUGAACUUGUCGAAAAGCAACAAAUUCGGUCCCAUACUAUACACGUUGGCGGAGCCAAUUGAUCUUUCCAGAACCCAAUUUCGUUGUAUGUAAUGAGUUCGUUACUAAGUUUCACCUGAGAUUCGUUCUGCAUUGGAUUUUACGCGAUUAUGGUCAAGUUUAAAAUGAAGCACUACUAGAUUAUAACACGGGUAACAAGUUUUCUCCGAUUCAAGUUAUACUUCAUCUCACCCGUGGAACUCAUCUGUAUUCUUAUUAAUGUAAAACGCAAUUUAUAAAACAACAGUGUAUCCUUCGAUCUGACUGUGACAAGCUUCAACAUUACUUUUUGGAACUCUUGAUCGCAUAUCAAUCCAGAAUGUCAGGAGCGGAUCCUCUUAGUGGUAACACAAGUCCCAUCCACCAACCGAGGCAGAGCAGAACACACAGUGUAGGUUUGCCGGCACGGACGUCAUUAUUUCCUGAACCACCACCAACCGGAAACGAUGUCGCACCUCCCAUACCACGUCGCCAUUCUGCAACUCCAACGGUGGCGCCACCGCCAAUACCACUACGUCCACCGACCAUCCCUAAACGAAGUAAGAACGAGCGACCAAUUCCGAUAUCGAAAACCACCGUGCAACCACGUGAUUCAAAGAAUCAGAAACAAAGUUACGAUCAAUCAAUAAUACAGAAAGAGUCUCGAGGGACACCACCGAAAAUUCCACCAGCUUCUUGGCAUUAUGGUGCACUCGAUAGUAAGAAGCUCAUUGAUGUUGAAUUCUCUAGGAAGACCAACAGUAAGGAUUGUUUCAUGAGCUUCGAUAAGAAGUGUGCUAUCUACGGAAAAGAUUUUGAUAGAUCGAGUUUCGCGGAAUUGCAAAGGGUGUCACGAGACCUGGAGAAAAGACUUCACGAAAGAGUUGUUAGAAGCGUGGGAGUUAAAUUUGGAGACCUUGAAACUACGGGAGACGUUAAGGAGCAAAGGCAUACAUUGCAUAAUGAAAGUACGAGGCUUCAUGAGCAGUUGCAGGCUGAUGAGCUGCAAUUUGCCGCAUCCGAUUUCGAGAGGCAAUUGCAUGGGAAUACUUUCCAGAACACGGAGAUAAAGUUAGAGGAGUUGCAGAAUGCAAGGAUUCAGGAUAUUGAAAGCCGUUUCCAUGAGAGAUUGAAAUUUGAUGAACUUCAGAAUACUUCGCGUGAUCUUGAGAAGCGACUUCAUGAAAAAAUGUUGAAUGUUAACGAAUUGUCCCAACAACGUAUCAAAUAUGACAUAGAUAUGGAAAGAGCUCGAAAUAUACUCCAGAGUAAUCUCAAAAAAGAGAGGAUCGGUAAUGAAAAAUUAGAAAAGUUACCAAAAGCAACGCAAACAAAUAUGCCGCCACCUCUGAGCAGCAUUUGUCAGAGUCCUGUCCCAAAACCGAUGAGUGUGAGACAAGACAGUAAUGUAUCAUCUGACAGCUUUAGCCAAACGAGCUCGCCAAGUUAUACCAGUAAAACCAUGGAAGCUCCAUUGCUACCUCACAAACAAUCCAAUGGCAAGGUCCCAGAUAGAGCAUUAGCGCCAGAAACUGAAAAUCCUCCUGGGAGCCCGAUUACUAAGUCCAUUAGUACACCAGCGAGUCUACAAACCAUCGUAAGAUUUCACAGCGGUAGCAAUAUGUCUUUGCAUCAUAAGAUCAUAAGAGAUAUAAGAAGACCAAGCAGUCAUUACGUGACAAGAGGGAGGCUUCGUUUCAGAUUCGCACAGGUCCUUGUAAAUGCGGUAGCUUUGCUGGCAAUCGCGGGGGGCAUGGCUGCUUAUUUCAAAUAAAAAAUUGGUCUCAGGAAAAACUGCAAUCAGCAUUCUAAAUUUACUAUUACGAGCAUUACAUAAUAGUAAUGGCCGAAAAAUAAAUAAAUAAACAGGACUCAUCAGAUCAGACGAGUGAUGUCCAGUUGCGCACAGACCAAAUUGGAUACAAAUAUGAAAUUUUUGCCUUCCAAGCAAUCUUCCAUCAGUAAUUCAACGAUAUUGUAAGCUAUCUUUAUCUGACGCAACCGUUUAAAAAAUUUUAAUGCUCUGUUCAUUCAGGCUCACUCGCUUCGCUCGCUCGCCGACGAUAUACUUAACCACUAACCUACCCAGUAUCCGAAGUUUGAACAUUCCACCCUAUCCUAUCCUUACCUAAACAAACCUAGGGUAAACUAGUUUAAAACUACACACAAAAUCUAUAAUAAGAUAUCGUCCGUACUUAAUUCUAUUCUAUUUGUUUAAAACUGGUCAGAACUUACAGUAAAAAGUCAUUUCUAUCCAAUUGGAUCUGUGCUCAAGCGGGUCGCCCCCCUUAAAGCAAACGCAGAAAAUUGAUAGGAUUUCAUGGAUAUUGUGAGAUAGUAAAUAGCACGGAAGCGCGAGCCAGCUCGAGCACCUCGAUCGAUGUCCCAAGACAGAAUGCUUUGCCAAUAGUGAAAUUCGAGAACUAAUCAUUCUGAUUGGUGGAGAUCGUUAUAGCCGAUAACUCUUAUCCCUUCCUUCGAGUCGUCCCUUUAAACUAAGGCCAGGGUGUUCCUUAACGAAUCGGUACGUGACUCUUGGAGAUCUUCCCCUGCGCUUAACUAUAAGAAAACAAUAUCAUCUCUGCCGAUCCGUGGAGACGUCUCCGUCGGAUAUUCUCCUCUGCUGGACAAUUCGGCACGUCGAGACUAUCUCUCCACGGCAGAUCUGGACACCUCGACCUCAACUCAACAAUAAAAAAUCUUUCGAGGGCAUUGUCGUAAAUGUACGAAUCGAUCUGAAAGCUUAGCUCCUGAACAGGGUGGCGACUCAAAAGGAACGAGAAAGCGAGAAUAUUAUGUGAAUCUGUAGCUGGAGUCGCCUUGUGACCGUGAGUCGAAAAAUCACGUCACAAUAUAUUGUAACGUUCCGCUUUUAUACCUCUCUAUCCUCUAUCCUUUUUCCUUCCUUGUAAAUCGCAGCAUGGUGGGAGAUCUCAGCUCCAGGAAAAGUUAGCAGUGGAAAUGUGUAUCAGUCUAAAAAUGGAGAGGUACUUCAUAUUCGAGAGAUUUCCCUGUAUAUAGGUAUUAGUAAAAUAGAUAACCAAUCGAGUCGAUCUACGUUACUCCCCAUUCUGUCAAAAUCACGAGAAAUCUUCAUUACAUCAAAUUCUACAAACUGGAUCAUCAUGUUACCAUUUUUGACACAAUAUGUGCCGCGAUUGAUUGUUUAAAAAAACUUCCUCUGAUACCGGCUGAAAUUAAAACUAAUCCAAUGUAUGCAGGAUUUUGCGUCAAGCUUAACGAUAUUCAAAAAUAUAUGCUCACAAUACGUAAUGUGUUAGUGAAGGCUUCGAUUUCAUCAAUUCAACAUGUUCCUUGUCGUUAAAUUAUACCUAUCCCUGAGAGUACACAGAAAAUAGGUAUGCCUAGCGCUUUUGUGGUUCUCCAAAUAAAAGAAAUACUUUGCCCACACAGCUUCACUGUAAAGCAUAAUAUUACAAAUAUUAUUCUUGAGAUAUACGCUAGUUGCGUAGCUUGAACAAUCGUGCAUAACUUCAUUUCCUCAGCAAAAUUGGACGUAAGGUAGAUGCCCAGAUAUUCUUGUUUAUAUGAGAUCGGUACAGAAAAAAAGUUCUGGGAUUUAAUUUGUAAAUAAUCAGAUAUCAUGAAACGGUUACGAUCCCAAUUCUUGUAUAGUAUGGAUUUCAACCCUCAGUAUUUAAUUUUUGUGAUUAAUCUUGAUCAAUAGAUAAGUAAUUCUAUCAAAAAGAAGAUAUUUUGUAAGACAUACAUCGCAUGUUUAGCCGCUUCUUUCAUGAAAAUAUCGUAAAAAUAAGCAUAUGAUUAACAAAAAAUUUGUAAUAUAGAACAAAUACUUUUUUAUAGCUCGCAUGUAACUGAUGUUUAAGAACCAGUCAAGAUGAAAGGAUAUAUUGUUACAGAAAAUGUGGUUCCACAAACCGGAGCUCAUAAUCUUCCUUACGAAGUGACAUUUAAAGUGAAAAUUUAAUGAUUUUUUUUAUUAAACCAGUCUAUAGUAAAAUAAAGUAUUGAUUAGUAAUUUGCAUUCAAAUGUAUUUUUAUACAUCUGAAAUAUCUUUUAAAUAUGCGUGAAG